GAAAGAUUUCAGUCAUGUACUUAACGCGGUCAGCAGAGGGCAGCAACACUAAACUACUGCAGACAAAUCCAGGAGGAAGAAGAAGACGAAGAAGAAGAAGAGGAAACAUCUCAUAUUUACAUGAGUUGACGAGCAAUGGGUUGCAUUUCGCAUCUCCUUUUCCCAGGGAGCAACUUCUACCAUGGCUGUUUUCUGCUCAUCUUGUCUCGACAGUCUCUUUUGCUCAGAAGGCUCAGCUCCGCUCCUCAGAUUAGCCGCAGCUUGCGAGAGAGCUACAGGCUUCUGCAACUUCCUGACGAGGGACACAGCAGUCCCCUGCAGGUGAAAGAUGCUUACCUGCGCCUCGCCAAGCUCUACCACCCGGACUCAGGUGCUCCGACUGCAGAUGCAGGGCUGUUUGCUCAGGUGGAGGAAGCCUACCGAGCUGUGCUGGCUCAUCAGAGCAAGAUCAGACAACCUGAUGGAGGGAUGGAAGUGGAGGACGAGGAUCCGUCCAGACGUGUAGCACCUCAGCACAGACACUACCUCAGCUAUGAGGGUGUUGGUGUGGGAACGCCCAGCCAGCGAGAGCGUCAGUACCGGCAGAUUCGUGUGGACCGUGCCUCUGAGCAGGUUUUGAACUAUCGGCAGAGAGAGCAUGAGAGGGCAGCCGCUGGAGAGGGGGCACUGGUGGAGCGAGACAUGCGUCAGCGCAGCCGAAAGAUCAAGAUCACCCAGGCUGUGGAGCGAUUGGUGGAGGAUAUGAUCCAGGAGUCCAUGGCCCGGGGAGACUUCAGGAACCUAAGUGGAGCCGGGAAGCCCCUCAGCAAGUUUGAGCACAACCCGUACGCUGAUCCAAUGACCCACAACCUCAACCGCAUCCUCAUAGACAAUGGCUACCAGCCACCAUGGGUUGUCACACAGCGUGACAUCCGAGAGUCCACUGCUCACAUCCGAAGAAGGUUGUUGGAGGGGAGGGCCAGGCUUGGUGAUUCCAUGACCCCCAAAGAGCACAACCAAUGGGAGCAGCUGUGUGCAUCUGUAGAGGAGGAGUUGGUGAAACUAAACAAGAUAGUGGACAAUUACAACCUCAUUGUACCAAUGCUCAAAAUGCAGAUGGUUCACUUCAGUAUGUCACGAGAGAUUGAGCGCGCUAAGAACGGAGCAAGCCAACACAGACUGGAGCAGCAGAGGGAGAGAGAGAGGGAGAGAGAGAGGAGGAAGGAGGAGAAGAAAAGAGCCAACGCUGUACCAAGGUCUAAAAGUACCAAACAAGGCCUCAUGUCCUGGAUGAAGAAUUUGCUUGGAUCUAAAAACUAAAAAAGCAGAUCAGGAAAAUGUUUUGAAAAGAGUGGUUUAUUUGGUUUUUGACUAAAACCGAUGAUAUCAUCUGAUAGACUUGUUCACCUGCUUGGCAACGGGAUGACCUUUGUGUUAUUUUAAUGCUGUCAAACUUUGCAUGUUUGAAAUCACAAUCGAAAGCAAAAAAACUUUGAGAUGUCAAAUUAAUUAAUGAGAAUCAGACCUUUAGUUUGAAAAUAGAUGAAUUAUGCGUUACAAACAGAGAGUUGAACUCUCAUUUGAACCUUGUGGGUGGGAACUACUUUUGAGAAUGUUGGACACAACUAUGUUGGUGUCUCAGGGAGGGAUUCUACUGUACUGUAGGACUUAUCAUUUAAAUACACAUACACCACCAGUCAAAAGUUUGGACACACCUUCUCAUUCAAGGGUUUGUAUUUAUUUUAAUUAUUUGAAACACUAGAUUAAUACUGAAGAAAUCAAAACUAUUAAAGAACAUAUAUGGAAUUAUUUGAUUAACAAAAAAGUGUUAAACAAACCAGAAUAUGUUUUAUAUUUUAGAUUCUGUAAAGUAGCCCCCUUUUUCCUUCAUGACAGCUUUGCACACUCUUGGUAUUCUCUCAGUCUGCUUCAUGAAGUGGUCUCCUGGAAUGGUUUCUAAUUAACAUGAGCCUUGUCAAGAGUUCAUUUGUAGAAUGACUUGCCUUCUUAAUGUGUUUGAGACCAUCAGUUGUGUUGUUCAGAGGUAGGGUUAGCACACAAUGGAUAGCCCUAUUUGACUACUGUUGUAAUCCAUAAUAUGGCAAAACCAGAUUAUUUCAUAGUUUUGAUGUCUUCAGUAUUAAUCUACAAUGUUGAAAAUAAUUAGAAUAAAUAAAAACCAUGGUAGUGUAUAUAUAUAAAUAAAUACAUAUAUACAGUAUUCAUACCCCUGGCAAAUUUUGACUUAAAGUUACUUUUAUUCAACCAGCAAGGUUUUUCUUGAUUGUAAAUGACACAGUCGUCUCCAAGAAGGUAAUAAGAUGAUGUACAAGAGGCAUCAUUGAGGAAAAAAAUAUUUCUCAGCUUUUAUUCACAUUUGAACAAAAAGUGGCUUGUCCAAAAUUAUUCAUACCCUUUGCAAACUGUCACAGUCUGUGGGAAAACCCAAAGUAUUAUGUCAUUGUUAAAAGUUGUCAAACUCAAAGCUGAACACAAUAGAACCACUCAUUCUACCCUGGGAAUAAUGUUAAUGUCAUCACUUGUAAGAGAACCGCACUGAGCAGUCUUGGUUGUAUGACCAUGAGGUUUAAGUAAACACACAAUGUCAAAAUAUGAAUAUUAUAUAACAUGAUGCAGUUUUAUGAUUCAGGUUGUUUCUGUGAAAUCACUGAUCUCAAAUUGAAAACAAACACUGUAACUUUGUGGUUGCUAUGUGACAUUAAAGUUAAGGAAAUGUAAAA